AUGGCAGAAGAAUCCGCUCCAGUUGCCGCUUCUGCAGCAGCCAGCCCCAAGAAAGGAAAGAAAGCAGCAGGUGGCCCGAAGAAGCCGAAGUCGAAACCAACUCAUCCGCCGACGUCCUCAAUGGUGAACGCUGCUAUCAAAUCUUUGAAGGAACGUGGCGGCUCUUCACUUCCGGCCAUCAAGAAAUACCUGGCAGCCAACUACAAGGUGGAUGCUGGCAAGCUAGCUCCCUUCAUUAAGAAGUAUUUGAAGAGCGCCGUUGCCUCUGGAAAGUUGGUCCAAACUAAAGGUACAGGCGCUUCUGGCUCGUUCAAACUUCCAGCAAAGGAGAAGAAGGAAAAAGCCACUAAACCAAAGGCGGCUGCAGCAAAGAAACCUAAAGCGGCUGCGAAACCAAAGAAGGCUGGAGAGAAGAAAGCAGCCAAGCCAAAGAAGCCUGCAGCGGCUAAGAAAGCAGCAUCAGGAACCGCUAAAGCAGCAAAGAAAUCCGGGAGUGUGAAAGCUAAAGCACCAAAGGAAAAGAAGCCGAAAGCUGCGAAAGUAGCCAAGAAAGCACCUAAACCGAAGGCUGCAGGAGCAAAAAAAGCUGCUCCCAAGAAGGCAGCAGCGAAGAAGUAA